GACUCGACUCGACUGCACUGCGCGGCGCCAUGCCAUCCAAUUCUCUCCCCAUGCCAUCCUCCUCCUCCUCCUCCCCUCCUCUUCCUCCUCCGCUCCCGCAGCCGCUCGUCGCCGCCCACACCCACACACCCGUGGCCACCACGCCCCACGCUCACGCCCACCAUGCCCAUGCCCACGCCCACGAACGAGCACACCACCAUCAUGGCACCCCCGUCCCCCGUCUCCGUCCCCAUCUCACGCCCACGCCGCGAUUCACCACCCCGCCGCUCGCCCUCCCUCCCUCGCUCGUGUUUUAGGCGCAUCCGGACUGAAUAUCCACGAUGAUGUGCUCGACGCCUUGAAGCCCGGCCCAGUUUGCUAACAAAAAGGAAGCAACCCGCCGCACUUUUCGCCGACGGCCCCGCGUUCCCUCUUCUCUCGCCAUCAUCGUCACUCUCGUCUCGGCUUCGCCAGUUGACUCGACAUUACAUACAUACAUACAUACUGUACCCAUACGCACUCUCGACCGCCUCAGCUGCACCUCGCGUCAAGCACAAGUCCAUUUGUCAGGCAAUCCCGCGGCAAACCCACUCGAGCCCUCCAGCUCGCAUCCAUCAACACCACCACCAGGACGACAAGGAAGAAAAAAAAAAGAGCUUCGCCUCUGCCAACACCACACCCAACAGCCCUGACACACGCGCCGGACUUCCCGCCACGCUACCCUAGCCAGGGCCCCAGCGCGACCCAGAUUUAGCUCUCCACCGUGCAGAGCCUUCACCUCCACCAUCUCGCAGUGAUCUCCAGAGUUCUAGACUCCCCACUCUUUUUUGUGGCCUGCGCCCGGGUCCGUGUCGUCAACACCAAACGCCCAGGACCCUUAUAUACCGCCUCGACCGGUGCCCCUCUGCCCUCGGAUCUUGUCAUUGUUCAUUCAUAGACUUGCUGCUCAGAGAUACCCCCUCUUACCCUCGCUUCCUCCCUCCUCGCCCGUGUCGGACAGCCCUCGUCUUUCACGGCUUGCCAUUUACACACCCCCACCUACGUACACGACCUCGGGCCUCACCCAUCUUUCACACAACAAACACACAUCACACAAUGUCGUUUGCCGCGCGAAACGCCCUGCGGCUCUCCCGCGCUGCGGCGCCCCGCGUCUCUGCUCGCGCCGCCGCCCCUCGCUUCUUCUCAGUCACCCGCGCCAACCGCGUCUCCGACACCCCCAACAAGAAGAGCGUCGUCCGCGAGAAGGAGGUGCCUGUCACCGUCUACGGCGCCGGCCACGGCGAGAAGCACAUGGUCAACGUCCACGAGGACGCCGCCAAGGUGCCCUAUGACUCGCCCGUCCCUCCUCCCGACCAUGACGCCAUCCAGCCCCUCUCCCGCAAGACGUUCGAGGCCAUGCCCUGGACGCUGCGCAACAUGACCGUUUACGGCAAGACCAUCAUCGUCACGGGCGGCGCCCGCGGCCUCGGCAACCACAUGGCGCGCGCCUGCGCCGAGGCCGGUGCCAAGGCCAUCAUCAUCUUCGACGCCAACCAGGAGCUGGGCGACGAGGCGGCUGCCGAGCUGCACGACAAGUCGGGCCUGCCCGUGUCCUUCUUCAAGGUGGACGUGCGCGACGGCGCCGCCAUCAACGCCGCCGUCGACUCGGUUGUUGAGAUGUACGGCGCCCCCGACGCGCUCGUCAACGCCGCGGGCAUCGCCGACUCCAACAUCAAGGCUGAGACGUACGAUCCGGCCAUGUUCCGCCGUCUCAUCGACAUCAACCUCACAGGCACCUUCCUCAUGUCGCAGGCCGUUGGCCGCGCCAUGAUGGCUGCGGGCAAGCCCGGCAGCCUGGUGCUCGUCGCCUCCAUGUCGGGCUCCAUUGUCAACUACCCGCAGGAGCAGAGCUGCUACAACGCCUCCAAGGCCGGCGUCAUCCAAUUCGCCAAGUCCAUCGCCUCGGAGUGGGCCAAGUACGGCAUCCGGGUCAACUGCAUCUCGCCCGGCUACAUGGACACGGCCCUGAACCGCGUCCCCGCCCUCGAGGCCCAGAAGAAGAUCUGGAAGUCCCUGACACCUCAGGACCGCCUCGGCGCCGUCGACGAGCUCAACGGCCUGUGCGUCUUCUUGGCCUCGGACUCGUCCAGCUUCAUGACGGGCGCCAACGUGCUGAUUGACGGCGGCUACUCGUGCUACUAGUUUUCUUGCGCGCGCCCGUCGAGACGCCUGUCAUUUGGGUCGCUUUUUACAUUUCGCCAGGAGUUCCGGCUUUGAUUUGCAUGGGGAUGCUGCAUUUGACGCUUCAUGUGCUUUGAGUAAAACGGGUGGUUGAGGAUGCGGGAUAGAGCGACCGCAAGGACCGCAUAGACAUAGAUGCCUCCCAGGUGGCGGGAACCGGGACGGCGGCCUAGGCACAAAUAAAAGGCAUAAUGUCCGCGCU